AUGGUCACUACUUUAAUGGCCUACGCUCAGCUAGAAGUCGAUAAUAGCUCCACAUGUAUACCACGACUCUGUAAAUUCACAAUUGUUCGUUUGGUUUUAAAUCGACUUGUCGACGGCAGCGAUUUGAAUGCGAUUGUUGUUGCUGUAAAGAUACAAAGUAACAAACGUACAUUUCGUUGUUGUGAUAUUCCUCUGCAACAAGAUGGGACUUUAGAUGUACCUGUCAAUCUACAAUAUAUAAUCACUUAUCCUCAUUAUUUCAAACGGGAUAUUAAUAAGAUUCAAAUCUACAUUCAGCGUCGAAAGAAUCGACCUAUGAUUGGAUAUAAAACAUUAGCUAGAGGUGAAAUUAAUCUCAAUCAAAUUAUUCAACAGUCUCAGAGUAUAGAUUUGCAUUUAUAUGGAAAUAUCAAUGAGAAAAGUAAACAACAAGUUCGUUCAACAACUUCCGAGGAUAUGCCAACGACUGAAGGGCAAAGCCGUCCAGUUGGUUACGUUUCGAUUAUAUCGUUAUCGAGUACCAUCCCGAACGAAUCGGAAGCAGUCGAACCAGUGGACCUGGGUUUAGCAUCGAAUCGAUUAACUGACAAACAACAACAGUUUGAGAAAUCGUUCAAUGAUGAUGAUGAAUAUAACGACGAAGAGGAAAUUAAUUCGGAACUAGAAGAUAGUGACAUGGAAUUCAAUAGUAAAAAUAAACAGAAAUUCAAUCCGAAUGUGAUUCGAAACAAGUUAAUUCAAAUGUUCAAACGUAAAGGUGCUCAAGCGAGAAACAAUCCAAGUAAAAUCCUGAAUUCGAACGAAGCUGAAACUACUCAGUUUGAUCAUCAAUAUGAGAGAAUUCUAUUUGAUCGUCAGUCAGAUACCGAAGAAGAUCCACCGUCAGAUAUCAGUGAAAGUACUAUUCCCGUUGACCAAUGGAGUAUCGAAUCUGUACCUAAACCAGGUUUUACACCUGUCGAACAUUUACAAUUAUUAAAAUGUUCGGAAGAUGAUGCGUAUCUGAUGAAGCAAUCGGUAAACAAUAAUGAUAGUCCCUGCGAUUCGGAUACAUCCGAUCCAUGUGUUGAUAAUGAUCCAAAGGAGAUUUAUCAAGAACCAUGGCCAGUACUCGAACUGAAAGCACUACCACCAUCAGUAGUUGCUAUUAAACAAUUGGAAGAGCUCUACAUCAAUGAUCGUCUACCCGAAUCAAUUAUUUUCAUUUACACGGGACUAAAUCAAACGAACAUAACAGCGGCUAAGUUUAAAGAUUAUAAUCUAUCGGUUGUAGCUUUGAAUACAUUGAGUGAAUCGAAAGGAGUAUUCAACAAUCUAAUUCAACGAAUACAGAAAUGUUCAACUCAAGCAGUUAUCCGAAUUGUACUACUGGGUGACGAUGCGUUCAUAAAUUCAUUUCUUCAAGCUUACGUCGAGUGUUUAACAUCGCGACCGCAUGAAUAUAUGGCUUGUUUUCGAUUUUACUUCGUUCCAUUAGUUCCUUCGUAUUUGGCGAAAUUUCUCGGUAGUUUGGAUCCACAAUAUGAAGUAUUGUUCGGGAAUCAUGAACCUUCAGACGUGCGAGAUCUAUCUCAGAAGAUUACUCGAUAUUUAAAAACAUCUCAGCGUACAUUGUCAUUACCAGUGGGUGAGGUAAUGCUCAAUCGAAAAGGAAAACUAUCCGACGAUGACUCAUCGCCCACAUUUCUACCGUUCUUUUGCUACGUUCGAUUGGGUACAUUUUCAUCAGUGGAAGAUAAUGUUCUGGUAUCCGCGUCUCUGCCUACGCCGAUUAUCACAAAUCAUCCGACGCGCGAAUUGAAAGAUUCAUCGGAUGAUGAAAACAACCAGCUUUUAUCUCCAACUUCUCCGCCAUCGAAACUAAUGAGCAAUUUAAUCAAAACUUCUACUAUGGAUGAUUCAUCGGUCUUGCCGUUUGACCUUUCUAUUGAUUAUUGGACGAUUAUUGAUAACCAAAAAGACAAAAAAGAUGGAGUCAGAACGAUAAAAUCAUCUUUAAAAGCAAAUAUACAUGUUUUAACAAUCACAAGACAAUCGGAUACAACCGUCGAUGGAAAAAUUUGUCCGUCAUUGACUAUGACGUAUAUAACGCGAGAAAAACGACAGAAAAUUAUGAAAUUUGGCAAAAAACUCAAUAAAAUCAUUGAACGACAAGAAAUAACCGGUAUCAAUCGUUUAGUUUGCACCUCAAAGUCACAAAACAUUGUAUUGAAGGUAAAUAUUGAUGGUCAAGAAUGGGAUGAUGUCAAAUUCUUUCAAAUAUCAUCCCAAUGGCAUACUCACAUUAAAUACUUUCCGCUCGCUCUAUUUAAUGAUAUACGCAAUCCGUGA